UUGGAUUUUCAUAACCGUAUCGGAACGGUACUAUUAAUGAACCUGCCAACCUAAAUUGUGCAGUGUCUCAUAGUUACAUAAUCCCAUGUAAUGGCCGGAAAUCCCUGCCAAGAGGAGAAUUAAAUCUUAAAACUCCCGUGACGAUGGCGAUGUGUAAACAACAUAUUCGAGACUUGAAUGUCAACGUCAACAACUGACCAAAUGUUCCCAAAUAUUCGAAAGAGGGCCCAUAUACCUUUUUCUAUAGACGCGGGGGAUUGGUCUAGUUUUUGAUUUCAUGUCCUUUUAUUUCAAAAGUCUAUAAGUCAGCCUCGCGGACGGUGAGAUGGAGGAUAGCCAGUCCAAUAAUCCCUCACAGCCGAACGCCGAACGAGAUGCUGUGCGCCGCAAUAGCGUCUUGUCUGCGUCCCGUGACUCCCGCCAAUCCGUAUCACAGCAUGGCUCAAUUCAGUCUAGACGCCGGCGUAGCGCCUCGCGUCCGUCUUCGGCAGAUUAUGACGCGCCAGAGUCGUACAGGAACCUCCACGACGUGGAUGAAAAGGAUGAUCGACUAGAUCCCGAGGUACCACCCACUGCCGAAGAAUUGAAGCGUCAAGAAUCCCGGAGGAAACGGCGUCGGUCGUCUGUAUCACAACCCAAUUAUGAUAUCCCCGACUCUUACGUAAAUGUACCGGAGCUAGAAGAAAUAGCUCCUAUCCCAAGUCGGGAUGAACGGCGAUGGCGUCCAAGCCCUUCCCUUGAGGAGGGAAGAGAGCUCGAGCGUCGGUACUCUGUACAGCAAGAGGCUCAACGGCGAAGUGGUGAAAAACCACAGAAAGCCGAGGAGGCAAAGACGGAAGACCACCAUGUAUCGAGAUUAGCAACUGAGAUCUAUACUGUCUCCUAUCUCAUCCUCUUCGCCAUAUUCGGUACUCUCGCUCGCGUUGGGCUUUCAGCCCUCACCAAUUAUGUCGGCGCCCCCGUUGUUUUCAGUUCUGUGUGGCCCAACUUUGCGGGCAGUAUGGUUUUAGGUUUUCUUGCAGAAGAUCGCAUGCUCUUCCGUUACGAAUGGGGUACGCCGACGUAUGCGUUACAGCUCCUGAGAGCCAAGGAGAGUGAACUCAACGAGACAGGCGAAUCCAGCUCCGAUAGAGUAGCCAUCGAUCUUGCUGCCGCGAAGAAGGCACAUAUGGCUACCAAGAAGACUAUACCGCUAUAUAUCGGGCUUGCCACCGGAUUCUGCGGUUCUUUCACAUCCUUAUCCGCCUUUAUACGCGACAUCUUCCUCGCUCUAUCGAACGAUCUGCUCACGCCGGGCACUGGUCCAGUUACUACCCCUCGAAAUGGCGGCUACUCAUUUAUGGCCCUUAUGGCGGUUGCCAUUACCACCAUCACGCUAUCCAUUGCUGGUCUUCUCAUCGGAGCUCAGCUUGCCUUGGCCUUGGAAACGAUCACGCCCUCACUUUCUUUCAAUUUCACCCGCAAAUUCCUCGACCCAUUCGCCGUCUUCCUCGCAUGGGGAUCAUGGAUCGGCGCCAUCCUCUUGUCAAUUCUUCCACCAGACAGAUUCGUCAACGAAGUAGCAUCAGAGAUCUGGCGCGGCCGAGCAACGUUUGCGUUGGUAUUCGCGCCCCUAGGCUGCCUUGGACGGUUCUACGCUUCUCUAUACCUCAACGGGUAUCUGCCCUCCUUCCCGCUAGGCACCUUCACCGUCAAUAUCUUGGGCACCAUGGUGCUUGGCAUGGCGUGGGACCUCGCGCACGUCCCCGUUGGCGGUGUGAUCAGCUGCCAAGUCUUCCAAGGGAUCGAAGAUGGGUUCUGUGGGUGCCUGACCACGGUCUCGACUUGGGUCGCGGAGUUGACUGCCUUGAGGAGGCGACACGCAUAUGUGUACGGAGGCACGAGCGUGCUUGUCGCGCUUGCUUGCAUGGUGGCCAUCAUGGGUGGCUUGCGAUGGAGCGACGGCUUUAGUUCGUUGAAAUGCCUGCAUUGACGGACAUCCGACGGGGUGUAUGCUUAACUGUCUGAUACGAACGAACGAGCGACGAAAGCGGUAGCUUCAUGAAUGAUCUACUUUCCCCAGAAAAAACAACCUAGCUGCCUAAAGGUUGGGGUUCAGGGUAUCGACAUAUUCGGAUCACGCUAUUGCCCUACUCAUCAUACCCUCUAAAUCUAGACAGAGGGAAAGAACUCAUUCUCGAGACAGGACUAUAUGAUCUGAGUUAUAUACUAUGUAUAAUAUACAUAUAGGUUGGCAUAUGUCACUAACUACUGGUCUCUAGAAACCUGAAGCCCCUAGGAUAUACUGCAAGUUCGUUGAAUAUAACGAGGGAAUGAGAAUGA